UCCUUUUUUCUGGUUGCACACCGAAACAUGGCGGCCAACAUAGAACAGAUUUUUCAGGAUUUUAUCUUACAGAAGAUCCGUGAGAUAGAGGAGCAGAAGGAGGAGAGAGGCAGCGAGGCUGCAGGGCCGGACCGCGAAGGGACAAGUCCCGACCCGGACCCCAGCGAGUCCCAACGGAGACAGAGGAAGCCCAAAAAGCACAAGAGCAAGAAGAGGAGGCGGAACCACGAGAAGGAGAGCAGCUCAGAGUCCGGAGCAGAGAUGGAGGGGGAGAGGAAGCAUCAGCCCAGGAAAGGAACACCGGCUUCAGAGAACAAGGAGCAAGGUGAAGACCACGGCAGGAAGUCCAGGUCCCAGCGAGAACGCUCAUCAGGGAAGAAGAAGAAGAAAAAGAAGAAGAAGAAGAAGAAGAGGAGGCGGAGGAGAAGUGGAGAGAACACGUCAGAUUCAGAUUCAGAAACGGGGUCCAAGCAGGUUAAUGAAGGUUUGCGAGGCCGACAGGAGCAGCUGCCGGACAUCAUCCCUAAGCAGGACAGCUCCAAUAAAGGAAGUGGAGCUGAGAAGAGGCUGGGCAGCAGGAGCCCGUGUUCUCCAUCACAUUCCAUCUCUGAGUCCCAUUCCUGCUCCGUGAAGAGCUACGCCCCCCCAUCACUGGGGCACCACUGCCAGAGAUCGCCCAGCCGCUCACCGCCCCCCUCACACUGCCAGCGCACCCAAACCAGCCCGUCUGAGAAGAGAGGACAUUUGUACGAAUGCGUGCAGGUCAACCAGUGUCCUUCAGGGAGGCUUCAGUCUCCGCUGGACGUCCUGCACUCUGCUCACAGCUCCCUGCAGGCACAGGACACAGUUAAGGAAAGACUAGCAGAGCCAACAGAAAGUCCAGACCAAUCAGAAAACCAAGGUUCUGGCUCGUCUGGACCCAAGCAGCCCAUACCCUCUGAACCGGAGCAAACCCAGAAGCUAAAGGCGUCAGAGAAGCCCAGCUCCCAUCAACAUUCACCAGCAAGGAGGAAAAGAAAGCAGUCCAGGUCCCCACAGAAAGACGUAGAGAGAAAGUCAUCAAAGAGGCGCAAGAGAUCCAAGUCCCCCUACAGGAGCUACAGGAGAAGGUCCAGGUCCAGGAGCCACUCAGCCAGGAAGAGGUCACGCUCCAGGUCGGCCCACCGGCGCUCCAGGAGGUCCCGCUCACGCUCAGCGUCCCGCAGCCGGAGGAGGCCCACCUACAGCCAGAGGGACCGCUGGAAACGCCAGCCCAGCCACUCCCCCGUGCUCAUCCUGCGCAAGAAACGCUCGCCUCCAAGGAAGGAGCGCAGCAGGAGUACCAGCCCGAAGCGCAUCAGCGAACUGGAUAAGGAGCAGCUGCUGGAGAUCGCCAAGGCCAACGCGGCCGCCAUGUGUGUGAAGGCCGGUAUGCCCGUCCCUGCCAGCCUCAGGUCCACCAUGCUUCCUCUGGCCCUGCCGGCCAUGGCCAUGAACGCAGCCAUGGCCAGCAUGACAGCCGCUUCUGUGACUGCAGCUCUGUCCAACAUGGGCACUCUGUCUUCGCUGCUGCCUCUGUCCUCCAUCAGCAGCAAGCCCCCCGGUCUAGCCGUCCAACCCAGCGCCGCCGCUCUGGAAGAGGUGAAGAAGAAAGUGGCCAAGCAGGCCAACAGCAUCAGCAUUAAGGAGUUUACCGAUAAAUGCAAGAUGAUUGCAGACAGUAGCGGAGAGCUGCCGGUGGCACUACCUCAUGUUUCAGAUGAUGAAGAUGAUGGUGCGCUCUUUGGAGGGUCUUCCAUUCGAGAGCAAAAAGUCAUCAACUUCAACAUUAAUAACACAGCGGCUCGUUCAGCAGGGCGCAGUGAUGCAGACAUGGCCAAAGAGUUUCCUGUGUCUUCAGGAUCCCAGCAUCGUAAGAAGGAGGGAGAGGGAGUGGUGGCCUAUGGAGAGUGGGUUCCAGUGGAGAAAACGGCGGACAAAGCUGCAGCUACAGCGAAGAAGGCCGCGCCAAAUGUUCCCUCCUUACCGGCGGGUGAGACGGCGUCAGAGCCAGACUUACCAGACGUGGUGGAGCAGCAGCCGGCCCCCGUGCCCGACAGCGACAGUGUUUUUCCUGAAACACGGCAGCAGCCCGUGGACAUCUCCCAGGCUGUGACGGAGAGGAUCAAAGCUCAGAGGCGAUUGGCUGAGAACCCCUAUGACAUCAGCGCCAUUUGCAUGCUGAGCCGCGCACAGGAGCAGGUGGACGCCUGGGCCCAGUCCAGCAGCGUCCCCGGCCUCUUCACCGGCUCCACUGGCGCUCAGGUCCUCAGCUCAGAGGAGCUGUCCUCCAGCGGACCACAAGCCUGGCUGAAGAAGGACCAGUUCCUCAGGGCCGCUCCAGUGUCGGGCGGCGUCGGGGAGUUCCUCAUGAGAAAGAUGGGCUGGAGAACAGGAGAGGGCCUGGGGAGGAACCGUGAGGGGACGGUGGAACCAAUCGUCAUCGACUUCAAAGUGGACAGAAAAGGUCUUGUUGCUGAGGGAGAAAAGCCACAGAAGCAAACAGGAGGACUUGUUGUAACCAAGGACCUAAUGGGGAAGCACCCGGUUUCAGCUCUCAUCGAGUUGUGCAACAAGAAACGGAUCAUGCAGCCCGACUUUGUCAUGGUUCACCACAGCGGUCCAGACCACCGCAAGAGCUUCCUUUUCAAGGUGACGGUCAACGGCGUGGACUACCAGCCUCAGACGGCCAGUCCCAAUAAGAAGCACGCCAAGGCCAUGGCCGCCACGGUGGCCCUGCAGGCCCUGGGAGAGGUUCCUGUAGAUGGACCAGGACUCUACACCGGCCCAGUCUUCACUGCUGCUUCCACCGGCCCUCUUUUCUCCACCUAGACUUUGUCACAGAGCUUUUAUUUUCCUGCUGCAAACAUCCCACCUCAGCACAGUGGGACAGGAUGUAGUCCUGCUUUUCUCAUGGCAGACUGGAACAGAACCUGGAAGUGAGCCGGUCAGUCGGUCCACCUGUGGAGUUUUUUAGGUUUUACCUAAACAGUCCCACCUGUUUUCACUGUUUUCACAAAUACUACAAUCCCUCCCAACACGGCCAUCAUAGGGUUUCUAAAGAGACAUUUCAUAUAGAUUGUAUAAAGUAUGCAUGUUCUGUAUUUAUGUAAGUUAUGUAAAUAUGUAUAAUGAGUGUAAUGUAUAGUAAGUGUUUUAAUCUUUUGUUAGUUGAAACUAGGUGGAAAUGUUUAGCUGUAAAGGACGCUUCUGGUUGUCCUGACGCAGUUUUCCUUCUAACUAAAUGUUUAUCAUACAAGGCUAUUCAAUAGGACUAAAGCCUUCUAACAUAUGCAAACUGAAAUAAAGAUUCUAUUUAUGUAACCUGGUUAAAUAA